AGAAAAAAAAGAGAGAGAAGAAAGAGUCUUCUUCAAGACUUAACUCACUUGUUACGCCGUUACGCGUUUUCUCUACUUUUCCACCAAACCCUUCUUCAACCUUAUUCUUCUUCUUUAAUUUCUUCAAUUGAUUCUCAGAGACUGAAAAAAUGAGCGAUAAUUUGAUGGAAAAAGUGAACGCGUUCGGUGAAAAGCUAAAAAUCGGGGGUGUAGAAGUAGGUAGAAAAGUAACAGAAGGAAUGAGUUCAAUGAGUUUCAAGGUUAAAGAAUUCUUCAACGGUCCAAACCAAGUCGAUAAGCUCGUCGAAGAUGCUACUUCCGAAGCACAUGAAGAGCCUGAUUGGGCUAUGAAUCUUGAUCUAUGUGAUUUAAUCAAUACUGAAAAAGUUAACAGUGUUGAAUUGAUCCGUGCUAUUAAGAAACGGAUCAUGAUUAAAAUUCCUAGGGUUCAGUAUUUGGCUUUGGUUUUGCUUGAAACUGUUGUUAAGAAUUGUGAAAAAGCGUUUUCUGAAGUUGCUGCGGAAAGAGUUCUUGAUGAGAUGGUUAGGGUUAUUGAUGAUCCUCAAACUGUUGUUAAUAAUAGGAAUAAAGCUUUGGUUAUGAUUGAAGCUUGGGGAGAGUCUACUGGUGAACUUAGAUAUCUUCCUGUUUUUGAAGAAACCUAUAAGAGUUUGAGAUCAAGGGGUAUUAGGUUUCCUGGUCGUGAUAAUGAAAGCUUGGCUCCGAUUUUCACUCCUCCUCGAUCAGCUACUGUGCCAGAGCCACCUCAUGUGGAUGAUAUUCCGCGUCAGUUUCAGCAGGAUGUUCCUGUGCAGGGUUAUACGGAAGAACAGACAAAGGAAGCCUUUGAUAUUGCGAGAAAUAGCAUCGAGCUUCUUUCUACUGUGUUAUCAUCUUCACCACAACAAGAUGUUUUGCAGGAUGAUUUGACCGCCACACUUGUACAGCAGUGUCGUCGCUCCCAAAUUACUGUCCAGCGUAUUGUUGAAACUGCUGGGGACAAUGAAGCAAUUCUUUUUGAGGCCCUGAAUGUUAAUGAUGAAAUUCUAAAGGUUCUUACCAAGUAUGAGGAGUUGAAACCACCUCCAGUUGCUCCACUUCAACCUGAACCAGCUAUGAUACCUGUUGCUGUCGAACCAGAUGAGUCACCUCGUCAUCUUGAUGAUGCUAAAGAGGACUCCUUGAUUAGAAAGCCAGCUGGAUCAAGACCUGGUGUCCAGGGAGGGAACAAUGAUGACAUGAUGGAUGAUCUUGAUGAAAUGAUUUUUGGGAGUAAAGUUGGGGGCGCAUCAGAUGGAGGACAUGACACAAAAAAACAAUCUUCUAAAGAUGAUCUCAUCUCCUUCUAAGCUGCACUACUAAUAAUCGACCUUGGACUAUCUUUAACGUACUAUUACUUUCAUACGUAGUUGUUGAUUGUGAAUUUUCUUCAUGAUUUCAGAUUGCUGGUUCCAUGAUUGUUAUUAUUAAUUAUUGCAUUUUUCUGCAAUUUAUGUUUGAAAUAUGGUAUAUAAGUUCUUGACAAGGUAUAGGUGAUGAGAUAUCUGAAGAAACAAUGGGUUUCAUCCAUAUUCUUUAUUAUCUGUUACUUUAGUGACUA